AUGUUAAUGGACUGCAGUCUGUCGGGCGGUGGCCAGCACGGAAACGCCGGAAACCAUCAUCAUCAGCAGCAGAUGGGCUUCAAUCAGUACAAUCAGUUCAGGGACCGCAAAAAGUCGUGUGGUGGGUUACUUUGGAUUAGUUGGAUUGCUUCGGAUCAGCCCGUGAUCUUCCAUUUCUUAUUCCGAUUCGGUCUGAUCCGAAGCUCGCCUUCAACUGUUCAUUAUUUCUCAUCAAAAAGUGUCUCAAACUCUCGAUUUCUCGUGCUCUUCUUCGUGUCCGCAUGCCUUCUUUUUCCCUUUCUCUAUCUGUUGAUCAGCAUAGAAUCAGUUCGGUUUUCCUUUUUGUUAGGUACUUCUUCGGCGUCCUCGCCCGUCCAACACGACCGUCUUCCGGCCUUCGCGCGCUUCCACAUGCAUCCAGGACCUAGUUCCGUCAUGUCAGGUACCUCUCAUCGUCGUUCCCGUCGUCCAGUCCGUCUCCGAAGUGCCCGUUCAUCCGCCACGUCAUCUUAGAAUCCACGACCGCCUCUUCGUCCGUUUGCACGACGCCCACACGUUCCGGAGCGACGACGCCCACGCAGCAGAGCUACGAGACGAUGAACCAGACGGCGCCGUUCCAAUCGCGGCCUCCCGGUACUCUCCGAUCGUUCACUCAGGCGUUCCAAUACCGGAACAAUUACAAUCAUCAUUCAGCAGGUUACCCACAUCUUCUAAUGCUUUUUUCAGAUUUCAUCUCGUUCUAGACAUAGAAAGCUUUGAGCAUGAUUCCCUCCCAUAGAUAGUUGAGAUAUUGAGAAAUGAAUCCAUCCCUUUUUUGCCACGUCAUAGUGGGGAACAUCCCUCGGAUCCUCAUUCAUACACACCUUUGGCGUCCGCCUCAAACCGGUUCGCCACGCUCAAAACAAGAAGUUAACCUCGUCCCUCCUCAGUCUGUUUUCCCUUUUAAGUGUUGUUGUUGUUUGGGCGUUCGCGGAUAGGAACGAAUGCGAAAAAGAACGAGUUUUGGGCCGUCUCCAGUGUGUCCGCCAACCAUGCAUUUACUGGUUCUCUGCGCCUAGACGCUCUGAAAAUAAACAAAGAGAUUACUCAUCUCUCUUUCCAUCCAUUAUGAGCAACAACAAGUGAAGGGAUUGAUGAGACAAGCAACGUCAGUCACUAUAAGGGAUGCUCUAAGGCUUGAAGAUCGGCUCAUUUUGGCAUCCACUUUUCUUUUCCUUGCAUCACUCUGAAAUGUGCUCAGUGAAGCCAGUUCACGUGACUUUUAGCUCAUUCCGCUCGAGCUGAUAUUAUCCGUACUAUUGAGAUUCGGCAAGCUACUGAUGAAAUAUCGCAUGCAAUAAUAGUGUUCUCUCUUCAAAAGUUUUGUUUACCGCCGCCCACCCAAAAUAAUGUGCCACAAGUGUCUGGCUUCUUAUCACUUCCGUAGUCUAGGCGCGGAGAGAAAGAGCAAUUUGAAAAGUGAAAAUGGAAAACAUUGGGCGUCCGCCUCCAGAAAGUCUACAUGUUUGUCCGCGCCGUGCCGCUCGUGGCGCCGCGCGGCAGCCGCGAGAGGGAACGGCGCGGCACGUUCCAAUGCUGGCUUGUUUACGUAAACAACUCUCACCCCUCCUCCUCUCCUCGUUUCGCCUGGUUCUGCUUGAUUUUUGUUUGCGCCGGUCCUGUCUGCUUUUGCGUCUGCGUCCUCGUCGGGCAACUCAUCAUCAUGCUGACUACUAAGGGGGAGGUCUGCCUGCAGCUGCUGCAAACACCCUGUCUGGCGCCGCCCCCUUUCUCUGGGAAAAGCAAUGGGAAGUGAGUGAGCGAGUGAGGGGGGGGGCAUGUUGUUGUAUUCCGAAGAGCGCCACAAACCGCCCCGAUGCUUCUCAAGCCGACGCUUCUCGCAGCCACCUCAGCUGCCAAUCAGCAACAAAACUGUAAGCGAACUGGUUCCGGGGAACUUGUUUUAUGGUAGUGCUCCAUCCUUGUCUAUCGUAGCUCACUAUGACGUGACAAAUCUUCCCCCGGUUAAAAAGAAACAUCUUAGACAACAAAGAAAACAACGUUGCACAUUCAGAUGACUACCGGAAACGAUCGAACACGCUCCUGUCGCGAGGAUCCGAUAAACGAUGGCCGAAAAGAGACAUGGGCCCGCAGUUCGAGCUCCGCUGCUGCAUUGACCCGGAGGUACCACUCUCACUCUCCCUCUCAUCCUCUCACUCACUUCUUCCAUUCCAGAUCCUCCGCAUCAACGUGGACCGUCAGUACUAUUUCGAAGACGAGACAGUAAGAGUGAACGGAAGCGUCUUCCACAAACGGACCGACUACGAGAACCUGCUGUCGGUGAUCCCGAGAUCCAAGUUCAACGGGAUUCACAUCAAGAUGGAGGACGACUGUCCGCAAGGAGGCGACGACGUUCGUCUGUGUCUUCUGAAGAGUCUCGGAGCGCAUAACCUGCGCAGCGUGAACUGUGUGCAGUGCAAGGACGAGCUGAAGGUGUACGACAAGUACCCGCUCAUCGACGGAGUCUUCUACAUCUCUCCGGUCUCGCAGUUCGGCCCAAAGACUGAGAUCUCUCUGGACGGCCGUCGCUUCUUCCUCCAACAACUGUGCGCUCGCUGUCUCUGGUCCGAUUGGUCGUGCAAGAACUGCGGAAAAGACGACUGGUUUGACGGAAAGUCCAUUGUGCUGGGCACUCUUUAUUACUACGAUAUCGGUGGGUUCGAAGCUUCCGAACUUUCCCUAAAGCGCGGCCCCUUUCAGUUUCCUCCGGCCGCUGCUGCCCAUCCGCCUGUCAGUCCUGCAAACAGUCCCUCGGCGUCCGUGACCAGCUCGCUUCUCAACUUGCCAGCGUAAGCUUUCCUGCGCUCUCUUUUCUCAUAGAAAAUGAGUUCAUUUGCAGGGUAACUAUGCCACCAUCAACGAACAACUCACGUGCCAAUCGUGCGGACAAUCCAAAUUCCAUCUGGUCCGCGAUCUGAAGACUGUCCACGUGGCUCGUUCUCCGAACUUCCUGGAACAAAUAUAA